AUGUCAGCUUAUUCACAUACCCUUAACCUCUGGGGAGUACUCUCCCAAUCAAAGCGCAUAAUCAAUGCUCACUCCCGCCAUUUCUUAGCCCUUUCCGUUUCCUUCCUCUUACCUCUCUCUUUCUCCCUCAUCGUUUACCCUACCCUCCAAACCGCCCUCUCUCAGUCCGAUUCCAUUAUCUUCCACCCGCAAGCUCACCUCUCCUCCUCCUUCUUAACCCUCCCUAACCCGUUUGAUCCGACCCGGGACCUAACCCGACCCGAUCCCAAUCUCCUCCUCGUUCUCCUUGCUUACACCCUAUUCGCUGUUCUUCUGGCAAUCUUUGCUGUGGCUACGAUCACAUACAGCACGUUCCAUGGAUUUUACGGUAGACCCGUCAAGCUUCUUUCCUCUAUGCAGUCCGUUCUUUACUCCUUCUUGCCCUUAGUUGCAACCCUUAUCGUUUCGCGUGUAAUCCACGCUCUCAUCGUUCUAUUAUUCGCCCUAUUCGGGGCGAUCGCUGUCCAGUGCGUUCAACUUCUAGGGUUUGAAGUGAAUUAUGACUCGAAUUACUUUGCGGGUUUGGCUAUUUUAUUAGGAGCAGCGUUUGUAUUGGUUUUUAUAUGGUUGCAGGUAAACUGGUCAUUGGCUUAUGUGAUUGUAGUGGUGGAAUCGAAAUGGGGUUAUGAACCGUUAAGGAGAAGUGCGUAUUUGGUGAAGGGGAUGAGACGGGUAGCGCUAUCAGUGUUGUUAUUUUUCGGGGUUCUGAUAGGGUUGUUAGUGGGAGGUUGUUCUAGUUUUUUGGUGACUGUAGGGGCUGCAAGCGGAGGGUGGACGAGCUUCGGGGUGAUACUGCAGAUGGUGGUGAGCUCGGGUUUUGCAACUCUGCUAAUGCUUCAGAGUCUUGCUGCGAGCGUGGUGUUGUAUAUGUAUUGCAAGGCAUUGCACGGGGAGCUAGCAUUGGAUAUCGCGGAGGAGUUUGCUAGUGAGUAUGUCUACUUGCCUUUUGAUAAUGAGAAGGUUCCUCAUGUUGUUUGUGUUGUUCAAGGUUGA